GACGUUUGACAUCUGACAGUUUUCGUCUUUUGUAGCAAUCAGACAAAAAUUUAACACGUCGCUAUUUGUUAUUUUUAAGCGAAAAAAAUGGUCGAGGAAACUCCUACUAUCGAAAAUGUUGAGAAAAUUGAAGGGGAUCAAGCUUCGCAGCCGAUGGAGCCCACCAAAGUCUUCACUGUAGAAAUACUUCAUAUGGUGAAGGACGCUCAGCAGCAGCACGGUUUACGACAUGGUGAUUACCAACGAUACCGUGGCUAUUGUACUCGUCGCAUUCGUCGUCUCAGAAAAGCUUUAAAAUAUCCACAGGGCGACAAACGUCAUUUCAAACGCCGAGAUGUAACAUUGUCCCAACUGACUGGAAAACGUGCAGAUGAACGUUUCAUACAUAUACCGUUGAUAAGUGCAGAACGUGCCUGGUCUUAUGCCAUGCAGCUAAAACAAGAAGCCAAUACAGAGCCAAGGAAACGUUUUCAUUUGAUUAAUAAACUUCGCAAGGCUUGCUUUUAUGCUUUGCAACUGCAAGAGCUGUGCAAUUCUGAAGCAUUUGAUGCACGUACUAAACUAGAAUGUGAAGCUUAUGUUGCCUGGAUGCACGGCUCACUACACUUUGAACUACAACAAUGGGGUACUGCAUUGGAGCAUCUAAAACGCGCACAGGUCGUUUAUGAAAAUCUUGCCAAAGCAUUACCUGAAGACGAACAAGAACUAUAUCGUGCCAAAGUAAACGAAUUUACGCCCAACUUACGUUAUUGCGCCUAUAAUAUUGGUGGCGGUGGUGGCACAGGCAAGAUUGAUGAUUUGCUGGAAUUACGUGCGCAAGGAUUACUAGAGAAUCUUGAUGUGCUAGUUAGUCAAACAAAAAUGGAGAGCAGUGAGGGAUUGCAAACAAUUGAAUGGCGGAACCGUAAGGUUACUGUACGUCCCGAAAAAGUGCGUCUAUUCUUGCUUAGUAUACAAGAAGUGGAUAAAUCGCUGGAGAAAGCAUCGAAAAUAGAUUCAAAGAUUGAGUUGAUUGAACGCAUUUUGAUGGAUUGCAAGGAUGCUAUACAGGCAGUAAAGGAGGAAAUAAAGCAAGAUCCAAAAUUGCGAUCUCUUACUACAGGUCAGACUGUGAGUGGUGUACAAUAUUUGCUGGCCUAUUUGUCUUAUAUACGGCAUAGCCGUACUUUGCAACGAAAUAUGUGCCUUGUAGAGCAGGCUAAAUCAAAUUUCGACGAUCCUAAUCAAAAGUCACAAAUUACUGGUGAUGGUAAGCGUGUUCGCUCUCAAGAUCUGGCCCGCUUGUAUGAGAUUAUUUUGCAAAAUGUUACGGAAAUGCAGCAAAUACAAGGAAUGGAAGAAGAUACCGUUUACCAAGAAGAAAUUGAAAAUUUGGCACUCACAUUUAAGGCAUUCCGUUGUUAUUACAUUGCAUUAACCCUGAUUGAUAUGAAGAAGUGGAAAGAAGCAGUUGCUCUUUAUGAACGUUCGUCCAAAUAUGCCAAUGAAGCAUUAGUUGGCAAAGUGAGCGGCGAAUUCAAAUUAGCCGACGAUUUGAAAAAACUUGUAUCGACCAUAGACGGCUGCAAAUUUUCUGCGCACGCCUACAGUGUGCUGGAGAAUGAUACCUCCGAUGACGCUAUUUUCACCUCAAAGUCACAAAAAUCAACGAAACCCUUAUAUGAACGUCUGUCACAAUACAAGGAGGACCAAUCGCUUCAUACCAAAACGCCAAACGUAUUCAAGGUGACUCCCGAAAUGGAGGCAAUACCGUGCAAGCCGCUCUUCUUCGAUUUGGCCAUCGGACAUAUUGAACUACCACCUUUAGACGAUAAACUGCAUUCGCCAGGCAACAAGGGUGGUGCAUCGAUUUCUGGAUUUGUUAAAGGAUUUUUGGGCUGGGGUGGAAAUAAAUAAGGGGUUUGUUGUAAUCGUAUUUAAUAACGUCAUUUAUUUAAUUAAUUUCGCAAUGAAUAUUCCGUGCGUGUACUCUCGGUAUGGAAAUGAGAG